CAAGUGCAUCAGGCACGACUUCACCAAACACUGCAACCACUCCAUCUCGCCGCUUCCACAUCGCACACUCACACCUCCUGGUCAUCAACCCCCUUACUAUCUGACAGACGACAGCAACGCCAAAAUGAUUAACCAAACGGGUUCGCUAGGCGAGGAUGGCAUCCACAUCGACAUGAACCACCUCAAGUCCGGUGAGGUCAACCUUGGAACGUCCAUCAUGGCCAUCAACUUCAAAGACGGUGUCAUCCUCGGCGCCGACUCCCGCACAACCACAGGCGCAUACAUUGCCAACCGAGUGACGGACAAGCUCACGCAAGUCCACGACACGAUUUGGUGCUGUCGAUCGGGUUCUGCCGCAGACACACAAGCCGUCGCCGACAUCGUCCAGUACCAUCUCAGCACAUACGGCAUCACGAACGACGAAGCACCUACCACACAGACCGCCGCAGCACUGUUUCAAGAGCUGUGUUAUGAGAACAAGGACAUGCUGAGCGCAGGCAUCAUCAUUGCUGGUUGGGAUCCACGACAUGGAGGGCAGGUAUACCAGAUUCCGUUGGGCGGAUCGCUGCACAAGCAGGCAUUUGCCAUUGCUGGUUCAGGUUCGACAUACAUCUACGGCUACACAGACGCGAACUGGAAAGAGGGCAUGACUGAAGAGGAAGGCAUCGAGUUUGUGAAGGGCUCAUUGAAAGAGGCAAUCAAGUGGGACGGCAGUUCAGGUGGUGUGAUUCGAAUGGUCGUGCUCACAGCCAAAGGUGCUGUGCGGCACCUGUACCUGCCUGACAGGAAUUACGAAGGGCCGGGAACAGACAAGCCAUAAGGACAUGAUGAUGACACAGACAUGUAUGCAUAGAAUACCGCUUGCUGCGCUUUGCGCCGCUGCGAAAUGCGGUUACGCCAGGACUUGUAUAGUACAAGAUCUAUGAUGGAGCAAGUCCAGCUCCGGCAGCUACC